AUGGAUCCUCCAAAAAAGUCUAACAAGAUCAGUGACAUUGUUCGGCUUCGGCAGAUCCUCAAGAAGUGGAAAAAAGCAGCAAAUGCACCAAAGAACAACAGCAGCAGCAGCAAUGCCUGCAAGAGCAUCAAGUUCAUAAAGAGAACACUUUCCUUCACGGAUUUGUCAUCAUCAUCAGCAUCCUCAAAUGAUGUUGUCCCAAAAGGGUUCCUUGCUGUUUGUGUUGGCAAGGAGCUGAAGAGGUAUACCAUCCCUACAGAGUACUUGGGCCACCAAGCUUUUGGGUUACUAUUGCGAGAAGCAGAAGAGGAGUUUGGGUUUGAACAAGAGGGAGUGUUAAAGAUACCGUGUGAAGUGCCUGUGUUUGAGAAGAUAUUGAAGGCAGUUGAAGAGAAGAAAGAUGUUUACUUGUCGCAUGAGUUAGGGUUUAACGUUAAUGCAGAGACGAUGACCAAGGAGAUGAUUGGUUGUUACUCACCAGAUUGUGAGCUAACACCUUCUCACCAUCCCCAAAUGUGUAGAUGA